AUGAACACACACCCUGCACCACUCAGGACACCUGAGUACAGAACCAGGAUGCCAUAUCCCCAGAAGCUCCGACAAACAGAAAAGGAUAAGCAAUUUGCAAAGUUUGCAGAUUACCUCAGGAUCCUGAAGAUCAAAAUCCAUUUUGCAGAAGCUCUUGAACGGAUACCCUCUUAUUCCAAGUUUAUGAAGGACAUAUUAAGCCAUAAGAAGGAGUGGAGGGAGGUAGAGACAGUCUUCCUCACUGAAGAGUACAGUACAGUCAUCCAAAGGAAUCUACCAGAAAAUCUCCAGGAUCUUGGAAGCUUCGUGAUACCUUGCAACCUUGGAGACGCCUGCAUAAGGAAGGCCCUAUGUGAUCUUGGGGCAAGCAUUAACUUAAUACCUGCUGCACUGAUAAAGAAACUCAGCCUAACCCGAGAAGUCAAGCCCACCCGCAUAUGCCUCCAGUUGGCUGAUGGCUCAGCCAGGAUUCCAUCAGGAGUGAUUGAAGACAUGAUUGUAAGGGUUGGAACCUUUGCAUUCCCUACAGGUUUUAUAGUCCUGAAUAUGGAGGAACACAAGAAUGUGUUCCUUAUUCUAGGGAGGCCUUUUCUGGCCACAGGAAGAACGCUCAUUGACAUGGAAAAAGGAAAAGUGACCUUGAGAGUCAAUGAGGAUGAAUUUGUACUGGACGCCACCAAGGCCAUGCAAUACCUUGAUAUACCAGAGGAGUGCAUGAAGAUUGAUAUCAUCGAUUCCCUGGUGGAAGAGAUGCAUACAGUUGAGAGCCAAGAGAAGGAGCAGAAUGAUACCCUUGAGGAUGCUAACCCUGACAGGGAGGCAUCAAAAGAGUAG